CCAACUGAGACGGGAGACGCCGCCGCCACCACGUCACCGGCCAGGUGGCGCCUCGGGGUCGAGCUCCAGGGCCCCUUUCAGAGCGCGUGCGGGCCGGCGCGCUGCGGUUCGGCGACCUGUUUCGCCCCCGGUGUUCUCCGGGACCGCGCAGGGCGGGGCGAGGUUCCGGUCCUCCUCCGCGGCCCCGCCCACCCAGCCCGGACACCGGGCGGGGACGAAAGUGGAACCUGGGGGCCACGCCCCUCCAGCUCCCGGAAGCGCUAUGGCGCUGGGCCGGCCACAGUGUCGCGGCACCAAGGGGACUCGGGGACCUAUGCCCACUGCCUCCCGCGCCCUCGGGGCUCCCUGCGCGGGCAUGGCGCGCAGCCUCCGGAGCUGGCUAGGCAGCUGCCUCCUGGUGUCAGCAUUAGGAAUGGUCCCUCCUCCUGAAAACGUCAGAAUGAAUUCAGUUAACUUCAAGAACAUUCUAGAAUGGGAGCCUCCUGCUUUUCCCAAAGGGAAUCUGACUUUCACGGCUCAGUACUUCAGUUACAAGGAAUUCCAGGACGUGUGCACCGGCACUGCCCUGACUCGGUGUGACUUCUCCGGGCUGUCCAAGUACGGCAACCACACCUUGAGAGUCAGGGCGGAGCAGGCAGACGAGCACUCCCAGUGGGUGACCCUCAUCUUCUGUCCGGUGGACGACACCGACAUUGGGCCUCCAGGAAUACACGUAGAAGCAGUUGCCAAUUCUUUCCACAUACGUUUCUCAGCCCCCAGAAUUGAGAAGGAGCAUGAAACCUGGACCAUGAGGAACUUCUACGACUCGUGGGUCUACAAUGUGCAGUAUUGGAAGAACGGCUCCGACGAGAAGCACACAGUUGCUUGUCAGCGUGACUUCGAGGUCGUGGGAAACCUGGAGCCCUGGACGACAUACUGUGUGCGCGUCCAGGGGUUUCUUCUCGAUCAGAACAAGGCCGGGGAGUGGAGCGAGCCUGUCUGCGAGCAGACCUCCAGUGCCGAAGCAGCCCCCUCCUGGGUCGUGGUGGCCGCCGUGCUGGGGGCCUCGGUGUGCGCCACCUGCCUGCUGCUGCUGGGGUGCUCCGCCCUGCUGUGGUGCGUCUACAAGAGGACCAGGCGCAUCUUCUCCCGGGGGGACGGGCUCCCGCAGCAUCUGAAGGAGUUUCUGAACCAGCCGCAUCGCAACAGGCUGCUGUUCGUCUCCUUCCCGUGCCCCGAUGAGAGCGAAGUCUUCGACAGACUGAGCGUCGUCGCCGAGCUCCCCAAAGGCAGCGGGUGGGAUGCCGGGGACGUCUGUGGCCUCGGGCCGCCGUCGGGGUGGGACCCGCCUGCCACCUAGUCCCUGAGGAGGGGGCAGGUCCUGCAUCUCACAGCCACCUCGGAGGGCAAUAGGAGCAGCGGUGGUGGGGGGCCCAGACGCCCCGAGCCAGGCCCGGUCUGGAACCCGGGACCCGGGGCCGCGUCUGAACAGCCGGCACUGGUCUUGAAAGGCUCGCUUGGCCAGAGGCCUCCACCUGGGAACCAGCUGCCCGGCAAAGCCUCGCCCACCAAGGCUGUCGUUACAGCCUGUCAGGCUCACUGCCUGAAGGAAGGAACAGUUUUAGUUGCGAGAACCGAACAUACUUACGGUGAGGAGUAAAAACAGGUGCCAUGACGUCACACUGACGGCCGGCCCGCGACCCCAGAAACUCGCUGUGCAGAGUGCGGGCUUCGGUUCCCGGGGCUUUGUUUUCCUCCCCGUCCACGUCCAGCACAGCGCCGGCCUCCAUUAAAGUUUUAUUCUCCACCCUGA